UCACAGUCCGAUGGCUCCGGGCCCGUUAUAUUUAACCGCGGUGCGCACCGCGUCCCGUCGACUCGUGGAGGGUGGGGAGAGCGGCCGAGCAGAGCAGAGAGAGAUCGCUGCUGCGCGAUAGCCGAGACUCGUCACAGAGAGCGACUCGCAUCCAUGGCUCCCUCGCGGACGCCGCCGCGGCUCAUACUCAUGCUCGCGGCUCUGGAGGUCCGGCUGCUGUGUGGAGUGGCUCUGCCUGCGGUGAGGCACGGAAGCCAGGAGUGCUGCGAGGCCUGGGACCCCGUGGAGCGCUCCUGCCUGCUCUGCGCCGCAGGGUGCUACAAGGUGGGCUCCGAGGCAAGGGACGCGGUGCGCUGCUCUCCCUGCCCUCCUGGCUCCUUCACCAGCUUCCCCAACGCGCUGACGCACUGCUUGCCGUGCACGCCGUGCCUCCACGAGAGGGGCCUCGUGCUGGCGAGGAACUGCUCACGUGACGCCGACUCCACCUGCGGCUGCGACUCGCAUUCCUUCUGCGCCGUCUUCAGUGGCCAGCACUGUGAGCUCUGCCUGAGAAACUGGACGUGUGCGCGCAGCCCCGAGACCACGCAGGGUAGCCUGCACACAGAGGCUGUGACACGCAUCCUCAUCGGGGUGUCCGUGUUCGCACUGUGCAUCCUCUGCAUCACCGGAUUCUUCACGUGCAAGUCCUGCGUGCUGGCUCUGCGCGUGCCCGGCCGGUAGCGGCAGCCCCAGUGACGGCAACGCGAGGGCUGGCACCGCACCGGCCCAUCAGAACACCCUGGCACCACACCAGCACACCAGUACACACCGGCACACCAGUACACAUCAGCACUGUACCACCACACCAGCACACACCUGCACACCAGUAUACACCAGCACUGCACCGGCACCUCACCGGCACAGCAGAACACACCGGCACACCAGUACACACCAGCACCCACUGCUGUGACUUCACCACGGAUGGACACGAGGCUGCGCCAGUGGAGCUGGCCACUGUGAGUGCCAGAUCCUUAUCGGGGGAGGCCAGGAUCGUGGCAGUUCUUCUCCGCCAAGGAAAGUCAGUAAUAUUUACUGCAAAAAAUAAACCUUUUUUUUUACAGUUGCUGAGUACAGGCCCAAGGGCUCACAAUACUAAAGCGGCCAGCAACAAACACAACCAUCACAGUUGUAGUAGAUAAGAAUUACCACAUUGCUUGAAUUAAGCAAAGUUAUUAUAAGGGCUUGAGAAACGAGAGGAUGGGGGGGAAUUCAGAAUUUGAGCAGUACAACGGAAGAAGCAGAAAUAGAAGGGUUGUGACCUGCAGCGUGGUGUGUGGUUGAGUCAGUGAGUGAGUGCAUGGGUGAAUGGAUGAGUGGGUGGGUGUGUUAUCUGCAGUGUGGCAGUUGAACAGUGUGAAUGAGAACAAAGUCAGUCUGGCAGACAGUGUCCUUAACACAGGUGGAGGCAUCAAAGAAUGACAUUCAGAAGAACAGUAACCAUUGGUAGUAGUGAUAGAAGAGUGAUAAAGAGAAAACUCAUCACUGCUGAGGGAGGGGCUGUAAUGAAUCGGUGAGUACUGGAUCAUCAUUCAACCCGACUGCUUCACUCUGAAUUCUAUCAGAUGUAGUGAGGUGGGAACUGGGUACUCUAGCCCAGGCACGAGAUAACCUCUGUGGAGUGGCCUUCUCUCUGUGCAGUGUGACGUGGCGCAUGAUGCGUACGCUCUAGACAUGUUUUGCCAGGCACUGCAGCUUCUAUGAUGUGGCACUACCAUUGUAAACAUGUUGACUACGAAGUACAAUAUUUGGCAAAUUUACUUAAAUAAUAAUGCACUUUGCUCAACAUUAAAGUGUGAUUAUAUAAAACUUAUGAUACAGAUGAGUUACGUGAAAAAGGUGAAAUUAAUCUUUAUUUACAUAGCACACUCCAAUUCGUCCAUAAUACAGGUUUUCUUUUUGGGUUAAAUCGCGCAAAUAACUAAAUAUGUGUUGUUAAAGCCGCCACCACUCGACACAACCAAUUAGUAAGGUUUGUCACUUAAACAUAACGAAUUGCCAUGUUCUGUUAUUAUGGAUAAUAUUGGUUCGCAAAAGCCCACGUGUUAAACACGCUCCAAUAUGUUGGUAAAAUAAUGUGCAGUGGUGAGCUCGAAGUCACGAGGCGCGUUUGUGAGUGGACGUGGUGUUGGGCGAACAGAACAUUGAAUGCGCACCACUCAGAUCUUGCAUUUGAAUUCUGAGAAUUUUCCCAAGGCAACACUGUGAUCACUCGCAUCAUCUCAGUUUAUUAUUUAUUAUGAUUGUGCUCGUUUACCCAGGAGAGCCUGAGUCUCAACUCUCUUUAUCAGGAGGCUCCUGCCAGGGUUUUCACAGUACGGGGUGAUGUUGCUGCUGUGUGUAAUCCCGACUGAGUAAUUGCCCGUAAUGUUGCAGCUUUGGGAUAUUUGGCAAAUACCGGGUACAUUGUUGUGUUUUCAGACAUGGGAGUAAACCCAUGCAGAACGAGGGGGAGAACACCGAAUUUCCUGGUUGAUUUGUAGCUCAGAGGUGGCAACUGCGGGACAGACCCUGCCCCGAUCCGCGACUCACGGGAGCCGCACCAGGCCACUGCGCAUCUACAGGUGCGCACGCAGGCGUGGUGCAGCAACAUUGUUAUCUCGGCAUGUGUUUUUUUUACAGUUUUUAUCAUUCAUGUUAAUAAACGCAGAAGACUUAUGAUAUUGUGCUGAUAAACAUAAACAUUGGGCCACGUGACAAAUAUCAAUGUGUGACAAUUCAUAGUUUUGCCAUUGGCCACUCCCAACUGUAUCCACAUUGGUGACGAGUAUGAGCGAGGAAGACCAAACACGGGCAAACUUCUCCAGUCGGCCCAAGUCUAUCAAAAACUGUGCAGUUUCGUGCAAUAACGUUUCAACACCAGUACCAGAUCACGGUACAGACCCAUUCCUGCCACCCGAGCACAGAUGCCAAUUCCCACAUUGGAAAUUGUGGCAACCCUCGUGCGAUGACACAGGAAACAAUUGACUGUCUCUUCUUCAGUAGUGACCACUCUGCGUAGUCACACAUCUACUUGUCCGUUCCUCUGGUGUCUCCACCACCCAAUAUCCAGCCGACCGACUUAUGCAAAACUUCUCCUUGAGCUUUGCUCGACAAUAAUCAUUUAAAGCAUGUGAUGUGCUGACCUUUCAUAUUCCAUAACCAUGAAAUGCAGACACUUAAAAACAUUGUUUCGGAGUAAACUUCAAUGAGUGUUGUAUUCAAACGAGGACCUCAGAUUUGCUAAUUCAGCUCUGGCAAGAGAUGAGAAUUAGGUCUCCGUUUAAAAGCAGACCCCUGGUCCCAAUGGGGGUUUUAACCUCGUCGUAAUGGUCACAAGUCUACGGACAUUGGCGCUCAGGAACUCGUGCCGGACUACUUCCUGUGGGUGGCGACGUGGAACCUGAGGUAGCGCAUUCGCCGCUCGUUGUGGAGGGUCACAGUUCGAAUUCAGCGGUUGCCCUGGUUAAUACUGUGGGCGUAGUAACCCUACUAACCAUAUACACGUGGACCUUAAAAAUCCCCGCACGUCAUUCGCAAGAGUAGGCCAAUGUGUGCUGGCAUCAAGAUCCAAAUUUGACAAAUUCGAAAAUGACCCGCAAAUUACUCAAUUAGGAAUCCACACACAGCAGCCAAUUACUGCCCCCUACUAGUAGAGUAAUGCCCCAGGUCAAUCUUACGAAUUACCUUAUCUUGGUGUCUUGAGUUCCUACCUGGUUUCACAAAAUAAACUUGGAACUAUGAUUCCACGUUCAGUAUCAGAACAAUGUAACCCUCAACCUUCGUCCAAACAAUCUCUUGAAAUUGUAACAAUUGUAAGCUUCAUAUACCCAAUGAGAGGGUGAAUUUCUAAAAUGAUCUCCUAAAAUGUCAACUUACUUUCUGUCCUAUGUUCAUGUUUACAUACAUCUGGUACUGUGCUGUAGUAAUGUUUUAUUAAAAAACUGUUGAAAUCUCACACACACACAUGCACGUUUGUAAUUGCAGACAAAACUACGAUUGGUAAUCUCUUCUGUAGUUUGGAGAACUGUAUUUUAAAAGUGUUAGUUGUAAAUAUACGUUUUCUGUUAAUAACAGGCGUCUGACACAUCCGAGAUUCUGUGCAGAUUUGCUUUAAAUGUUUUAUCUUAUUUGUUGAACUGUUAAAUCUACAUAAAAGUAGUUUUGGAUUUAA